CCUUCACUGUCACAUUGCAUCCAUCUCCCAGCACUAGAAUCUGGCUCCAGCUCAAGGCCUCUCACCAGCAUUAAGUAAUCCACUUGAUUCUCAGAACCUCUGCUCUGCUGUCCACCACCGGUCCUCCCUACCUCGCCUCCAGGCUGACCUGCAGGUGUUCAUUACCUGCUCAGAACCUCAGCACACUUUCCCUGUUCUCAGCUUCCUCUUCUAAGUCCCCACCAAGGCCUGAGGCAGCCCAUCCCUGUCACCUCUCUCCUCUUUGGCCUGCAGCUAACCUUUGGAGUGGGUUCUCUAAAGUCAGACAGUUGUGAAAUCGCAGCAGCUGCAGGCGACAAAGCCAGGUCCCCAGAGCUAGGGUAGGAGUGUGCCAUCGAAGAGGCGUGCCACUGCCCUCUGACCCCUCUCACCGCCUUUGUGACCCGCUUUCCCGGAGGCGCCUUCUGGUCCUUCUGCUUGGACAGGACGGCGACCGGGGGCGGAGGGGAGUGGCCGCCGCGGCCUAUUUCCGCGAGCAUCCAGAGCCGGUUCGGGGAGCUCCACGCCAGCCUCCCGCAUCCACGCAGCCCCGUUGGCCCCCGCCGUCAGCAUCCAUGCAGCCUCUUAGACCCCAGCAGCCCGCGCUGUUGCUGAGCCUCUGGCUGCUGCUGAGCCUCGCGCUGCCCGCGACUGCCGUGGCGUCCCGGGACCGGGAGCACACCGAUGUCCCCACGCGGCCCCCGGCGGCGGGGCUGCCACGAGGGAUCCUGCAGCAGGCGGCGCACGCUGCGCUGCACUUCUUCAACUUCCAAGCCGGCUCGCCCAGCGCGCUGCGGGUCCUGGCGGCGGUGCAGGAGGGCCGCGCGAGGGUCGACCCUCAAGAGGGAUGCGAAGUGAACCUGGUGUUUAGCACAGAGCGCUACAACCUGGAGGAGGAAGGUGAGGAACGUCUGGGCAAAUGUUUCGCGAAGGUGUUUUUCAAGAAUCAAAAACCCAGACCAGCCAUUAAUGUCUCCUGCACGGGGCUCAAUGAGAAAACGAAGAGGCAGGAAAGAGAUUAUCUGCUUUACAAGCAAGUGAAGCAACUGAAGACUCCUCUGAAUGUCGACCGUAUCCCUGAUAGUCACGGACGUAUUGAUCCCCAACUGAGACCCAUCUGGGACUUGGCUUUUCUCGGUAGCUCUUAUGUGAUGUGGGAGAAGACAACCCAGUUUCUGCACUACUACCUGACCCAGCUCAGCAGUGUAAAGCACUUGAAAACCAAUGAUGAUGGUAUUGACUUUGACUUCACCGUUCUACUUCAUGAAUUCUCAACACAGGAAAUCAUUCCCUGCCGUAUUCUCUUGUUCUGGUACCCUGGCAAACCACUGAAAGUACAGUACCACUGCCAAGAGCUGCAGAGCCCAGAAGAAGCCUCUGGAACUGACGAAGCUUCAGCCAUGGCACCAAUAGAGCUCAGCAAUUCCUAAAAAG